GUCAAUUCCUGCGAUCGUUGUGGAAAAGUCGCAUAGUUGCCUCUGCUGCCGAGGUUUGAUACAAGUUAACAGUAAAGAGGUUCUUCCUGUUGGUGUGAGAUGAUCACGCGUUUUUAGAGAUUGUUUUCACGGAAUGUGUCGCUGCUGACCGCUGAAGCAGAUGUGGGCACAGCUGGCUCUGAGCAGCAGCAUGGCAACAACAACUCUGGUCUCCAUGUGCAUCAGGACAGUAGCUCAGAACAUGGAUGUGCUGGAGGAGCGAGUCUGUGAUUUGCCAGCUUCACUUCUCAAAGACCUGUUGCCUCAUCUGAACAUGUUCUACCUGGACAGAAUUGAAAAAGUUGCUCUUCUGAAAAGAGUCUCCACGUCACUCCAGGUCGCUUGGGCAGCAAAAUGGAGGGAUUUGAAUCGUACGUGGCGUUGCAAAUUAAAGUUCAUGCAGCCUGAAGAGAACUGGAAGCAGAAGUGUUUGGAGAGUUUGUUUCACAUGGUCCUGUUCAGAAAGACACAAGUGCACAACAUCCUUUCCAACCUGAGUGAAUAUGCGGUUCUGACCAUGUCGGCCGAACAUGUGCGGGUGCUUUCUCUUACCGUUGCGGGACAAGGUGGCUGCCGGCUGGCAUCGGAGGAGCUUCGUCCAAUUCUGUCCAUUCUGGAGAAGAGAGUGAGGUGCCUCAGAUUGUUUGAUGCCAUGGCUCUUCUCAAACAAGGACGCAAGGACAUUUUAUUUGUUCUUCACCGUCUUCUCGACCACGGCUCUGUGACUGAGGUGGUUCUGAAGAGAACUCCUGAUUGCUUUUUAUUUAGCUGGAUCACUUCCAGAUGUAGGAGACCGCCCCGGAUUGAUUCUCAGGCUUCAGCAGCUCCAGAUACUUGGGACACCUGUCGUAAUGAAGAUCUGUGGACAGAGGAGGGCCCUUCUGCACCCAAAUGUCCUCGUUUAGAUCUGUGCAUGGACGAGAAGUCAUGCUGCAAGUUUUCUCCAUCCUGUAGUGUUAGUGGACAAUGCCACGUGGGAAAGAUUCAUUCACUGGACCUGGAGGUGCGUUCCCUGGCUACAGUGUCUCGCCUCCUGCCUUCAUGGUUGUGCCUUCAUUCCCUUCAUCUUUAUGGAACUCAGCCCCUUUGGAAGGAUGAUGUGGCUGAUUUCGUCGUGUCCCUGAAAAAGCUUUUCCUGAACCCCUGCUGUUCCCUGAGGGAGCUGAGCAUGGGCAAUGUCUGCAGUCGGAAUCUCUUAGCCGGAUUGCUGGCUGCCUGCCCAAUGCUGCCCAGCCUUUCACUGGACAUCAACCUGCCACAAGACAACAGAACUACACCAGGGCAAAAUCUACAGUUCAAACAGGAUACAGAACUCUCUCUUGAAAAGCUUUCAUUGAAAUCAACUGAAAUCCAGACUGUAGAGAACUUUCCGUCUGUGCUUCAGCGUGCUCCAAAACUCAGCAACCUUCACGUCACAGGAAUACGUCAUGCUCACCUGCUGCUUCACACUUUGCCAGAGUCCAAUCCUCUCUUGAAGGUACUAAUAUUGGAAGACAUAAACUUGGCAGACUGUCAUCAAGAAAUUAUAAACCUUAUGGAGAACUCCAUCCUAGAGGAGUUAUCCUUGAAAGACUGCAGACUGCUCGAGAAAUGUCGAGAGAAGAAGGAUUUUCUGGUGCCAUUUGUAGUGGCAGUCAGGGGGCUAUGUUCGCUCCAUUCCCUCUCACUGUGUCAGAAUCGACUGGCUACGAGUGUCAUCGAAAUAGCAGAUUUGUUCUUUGGUGACUGCCCCAGCAAAAUAACAAAACUGGACCUCAGCUCAAACUUUAUACUACCUGCUGACCUGCUGGAGUUCGCCCAAAGGAUAGAAAAAUAUCAUCCUGCCCAGCGGCUCACACUGGAUCUGCGGUUUAAUCCCCUCGAUCGUGACCCUAAGGCGAAAGGUCAAGCCAUGAAAAAGCUCCUCCCCUUCUGUAACAUUCUGACUGAUGACUGGGACUCUAGGUCCACCAUGGCAGACCAUGUGAGUGUGAUGUGAGGAGAGUAGCUGUGCUAGCAAAGCUAAUCUUAAGACACCCCACAAAGCAUAACAGCGAUACUUUCACGUUCCUUCCUACUGGUUCUUAAAGGAAUCCACAUUGGCAGGUUAACAUGGUGCACUGUAAAACACGUUUGUUAUUCUAACUUUAACUUAAGUCAGCUGCUUAAGUAAGUUUGAGUUCAUUAAACCCAAGUGAAAAUAAUUACAUGCUAUGGUCUUAAGGGGGAAUUCAACUGAUCAAAUUGUGAAAUGUUCUAGAGAAACCUGCUGACUUAUUUACAGUGAUGGUGACAGGAACCAGGGGUUGUGGUAUCUACAACGCAUAUAUAGCCAUUUUAUUUAUUCUCCAAAAUGACCAGUGAAUCUGCAUGUGUCUUCUGAGUUUUAUGUGUAAUGUCAAUAAUGAUAACACAGUGGUAAACCUGAAAAAUAUAUACGUUUUCUUUUGGGACUAUUUUGCCUUACAACACCAUGCAUAUACCUCUCCACCUUGAAUGUAUUUUGAAAGUACAUUUUAGGCCAAAACCUUCCAAACUAUCAAAGAAUAAGCAUUAGAUAGCCUAACCAUUGUAUGUCAUAACUUUCUGUGAGUAAGCUUUUAGAGGUAUUAAACACUUUGAGAUGCCUGGUUCCUGUCUGUGAUGUCUGGUUCCUGUCAACAAUACUGUGAACAAAUCUCCAUACUCUAUACUCCAGAACAGAGUAUUUCACAUCAUGACUGUUUCUAAAUGUAUUAAAUAUGAAAAAUAUGAAAAAAUGAGUGGCAUUCCCCUUAAAAGUACAUUUUGAUGCUCAAUAAGAUCAAAAUUUCAAGGCAGCCAGUUUAACUUACUUUAAGUUUAAACACGACAGUGUUCUAUAGCGUACCUAGGGGUGGGCAGUAUGUCAAAAAAUCAUAUUUGAAGAUGUUUGCGAUACACUUCAGUAUACAGAUCUCUUGAUGAACAUACAAGUACUGCUAUGUAACUUCAGCAUAUUUGAAUCAUAUUUGAAGACGUUUGUGAUACGCUUCAGUAUACAGAACCCUUGAUGAACAUACAAGUACUGCUAUGUAACAUCAGCAUCCACAGCCACACUGAAGAGUCUGUGCAUCAGUUGCUGGUAAUUGUUUCAUAUUUGAAAUAAUUCAACUUUGCACUUGACUCAUCCAGUCACAUUCUUCCUGUACUAUAGGUGGUCUACAACAAAAUGAUAAGAACCAUUUCAGGUUUUACGCCAUGUUCAAAAGCCAGACUCUAUGAGUUUGCAGUUUGUAGUGAAGAUCCUGAAUGCUGGGUUAACUCUACAGUUAGUCUUUUAUAGAAAGAUUUGUGUUAACUUUUCUUAAUGUCCCUUGUAAAUACUCAAUAUUUGCAAUAAUGAUUGAAAAACUGACUAACAUGCCUGUAUUAU